AUGGCGGUUUCUUGUUUACUCGUUUGGACACUACUCGCAACAUCGUCUUUGGCUUCUCUCCCAGAUUUAGGAUACCCAGGAUGGCAGUGUGAUGCUUCACUCUAUCAGAAGAGUCAGAAAGUACCAACUUCUGCUCAUUCCGUUCGGUUUCCCGAUAUCAAAAUCAUCGCAGCUCUUGGUGACUCCUUGACUGCUGCUAAUGGAGCAGGAGCUCCAAAAGGAGAUCCAUUAGCUGUGAUUCUUCAAUACAGAGGACUCGCAUUUCAGUGUGGAGGAGACUCAUCGUUGGAUGAACAUGUGACAGUUGCUAAUGUCAUGAAGAAGUUCAGCCCAAACAUUAUGGGAUACUCCACAGGGAUUGGAAGUGCCAACGUGUGGGAAGUCUCAAAACUGAACCAAGCUGUUCCAGGAGCCCAGGCUGCUGAUAUCAUCACACAAGCUAGAGCUCUCGUCCAAAUAAUGCAGAGUCAUAAAGAUAUUGAUAUCAAAAACGAUUGGAAGCUUAUCAAUGUGUUUAUCGGAGCAAACGACAUGUGUCGGUAUUGCGAGGAGAAGGAAAAUGGAGUUCAUUCGAAAGCAAACUGGAAGCAAAGUGUGAUUACUGCAAUUCAGAUUUUGAAGGAUAAUUUGCCGAGGUCAAUCGUCUCGAUGACGGGAAUGUUUGAUAUGAGAAUGCUCCGCCAGAUCGACCAUGACAAAUACUUCUGUGAUGGUCUCCACGUCUUCGAGUGCCCAUGUGAAAAGAAAUCCUCUUUCACCAACGACGACGUCUCACAAGCCUGUCAUCUCUACAUGGAUGCUCAACAAGAAAUUCAAGACUCUGGAAUGUUCGACACCACCGACGAUUUCACAUUUGUCCUUCAACCAUUCUUCAAUGGAAUCACAAUUCCUCCAUUGAAGCCAGAUGGAGAAGUGAAUUUGGAUUGGUUCGCUCCGGAUUGUUUCCAUUUUUCGAAACUUGGACAUGCCAAUGUGGCCAAACAUUUGUGGAACAAUAUUGUGCAACCAGUAGGAUCCAAGAACACUGUCGUCAAUCUUUCGGAUCCCACUAUUCCAUUGAAUUGUCCGGAUACCAGUUGUCCAUUCAUAAGAACAACCAAAAAUAGUGCUGACUGCUCUAAAUACAUGACCAAGUGA